UCAUAGGUUGACAACUCGUAACCCACAUUUUUUCACAAAAUGAGUUAUGUACAUCAAAAAUUUUAAAAUUAAGCGCCGAAUCUUUCUAUUGAUACCUCGUAAUUUACAAAAAAUGUCGCUCGAACAAUUUGUGCCAGAGUUGACAACUCACAACGAACACGUAUCAACUUGAACGCACUAUUGCACGAGUUACGAGGUGUCAACGCAAAAUGCAGUUCGCAAAAUUCACUGACAGAGUAAGAUCGGCGCAGGUUUUAAUUGUUUAAAAAUAGUUUUUUAUUUAAAUUACAACUUUGAAUACGUAUAGUUAUUUCCUGGAAGUGACCUUGAAGAUAUAUUGUGUUAUCAUGGACAAAAACAGUGAAGAAGAGCUUUUCGAUGACGUUGUAACGGGUUUGAAGGAACAAGGUCUAGUUUCUGUUAACUUUUCUCGUAAGAAGAGAAGUGAGUUUGUCUACGAAAGUCAAUCACAAGAAUCGUUUCAAAAGUCUCCGAGCUUUUCCGAGUCACAAUUUUACACCUACGAAGUAAAUAAAAACGGAGAAAUGUUACUUUUGGAAAAAAGUUCUAAAUCAGAUCGACUUGAGAAUGUUCUCCUAGAAGAUUCUCAAGCCUGCAGGCCUGUAUUUAGCGCCGAACAGAGCUGUCAAGAUAAUGGUGGGACAGGUACGGGUUCAUCACUUACUGUUUUAAACGAUAUUACCCCUUUGUCAUUUUUAAACCAGCCUCAGAUACCUCCCAGCCCAGGUCAUAACUCAGAAAACGUCAUCGAGAGUAUUGUAGAAAUCAUACCUGAUGCAGAAUCUCCUACAAUUUUGAAUUCAUAUGAUUUUGAAAUUGGAACUUUUCAUGUUGUUGAGGAGACACGAAAUGACACAGACUCUCCUACUAUUUUGAACUCGUAUGAUUUUAACUUAGAACCUGAGUUAUCAACUUCUUUUGUAGUACCCACUAGUAGUAGAAUAUGUGAUGAUCACAACUUUGACCCGGAUCAGACGUCCUGUUCUUCUGAAGAUGAUGACAGUGGUAUGAACGAAGGGAAUAGUACUGGAAGGAAGACAAAGAAAAGAAAAGGCUUAGCUGAAGCAGAGCAUUGGAAAGCCCGUAUGAAUAAAAAGUUACGAGAGCAGGGAAAAGACUACAUAGGGUGGAGGAGAAAUGAAAAUUCAUGUAAUACGCAUAAUGCACCACGAGCAGCAAAAACAUUGAAAGAGACUUGCAGGUCUGCUUUUUGUCGCUCGUCCAAAGAACGCCACUGCCACGAAUUUACAUCAGAAUGUAGACAGCGAUUAUUUGAUCUAUUUUGGAAUUUAAGUUGGGAUCAAAAGAAAAUGUUUGUGAUUAAUACUACGGAUAAAAUAAUACCUUUAAGACCCAAAGAAAAUACCAGAAGAGGAGCAUCACUUCAAUAUUACUUGAAACAAGGGGAUGUAAAAUUGAGAGUUUGUAAGAAAAUGUACUUAAAUACUUUAGGUAUUGGAGAAUGGUCAGUAAGGAGCUGGGUAAAUAAAUCCGAAUGUGGUAUGUUUGCAAAAGAAAAUCCUGAGCAAAUAGAGAAAAAAAAGAGGGGAGAGAAGAAAAGACUGUCACGUGAAUUUUUAGUCGAGUUUAUCGAAAAUUUACCACAGCUCCCAUCACACUAUUGCCGCAAAGAUACGUCUAAGACAUACUUAGAACCGAUUCCUGGAGGUAUGGUGGAAGUGUAUAGGACCUACACUGAAGCGAGCACAACAAAAAACCUGAUUCCGUUAUGUAGAACCAUGUUUGAUAACAUUAUAAAAGAAAAAAAUAUUGGCUUCCAGCAGCCGAAAAAAGAUUUAUGUGAUACGUGUCUAAGUUACCAUACUAAACAAAUAUCAGAACAGGAGUAUAAAGAUCAUCAGCUCAGGAAACAAAAUGCAAGAGAAGAAAAAGAAAAGGAUUUAAAGGAGGCAGGUGAAGGAAAAUGUGUUGUCUUAGAACAGGAUGUUCAAGCUGUAAAAGUGUGUCCAUACAUAAGAGCCAGCAGUGCCUAUUACAGAAGAAAAUUAAUCAACCAUAAUUUUACGGUUUAUGAAUAUCCAUCCAAAAAAGUACGAUGUUAUUGGUUUUCGGAAGUCGACUGUGACACCCAGGCAUCGGUCUUUGUGAGCUGCAUAUUAGAUUACCUUCAUGAUAUGAUUUGCGACUCUGAAGGCGAAUUUGAAACAAAGCCUAUAAUUAUUUGGAGUGACGGUUGCACAUAUCAAAAUAGGAAUGCAGUGUUAGCUAAUGCUUUAUCCAACUUUGCGGGUGUGCAUAAUGUGGUAAUUUACCAAAAAUAUUUAGAGCCUGGGCAUACGCAGAUGGAAGUGGAUAGUGUUCACGCUGCCAUCGAACGCGCCAUUAAAAAAUAUGAUGCUAUUUAUGUUCCAUCGCAAUACGCAGACAUAACAAAAAAAUCACGAAAAGAUCCAUACGACGUCAAAAUGGUAAAAUAUGAUUUUUUUAAAAAAUUUGAUGAUACAAAAGUCAUGCGUUAUGACAGUAUUAGGCCUGGAAAGAAAAAAGGAGAUCCUGUUGUCACAGAUCUUAAAGUUUUACUGUACCAUCCAGAUGGCAAAAUCUAUUAUAAAACUAACAUCUGCAAUGAAAAUUAUUCUUUGUUACCAAGUAGACCAAAAAAAAUUAAUUUUCCAAUAACAACCUACGAGCAACUUUUUAAAGACUCGCCUAAACUUACUUCAUGCAAAUUUAAUGAUUUGCAAGCUCUUAAAACUGUAAUACCUUCUGAUUAUUAUUCUUUUUACGAUAAUUUACCGCACAUGUAAUUUGUUUUAAUCUAAUAUAAUAAUAUUUUUUCUAAAUUGACAACUCGUAAGUAAAUGUUGACUGCUCGUAACAUGUUAGAAGUGAGAUUUUUUUAAUGUUGUUAACUCGUAACUGAUUGUUUAUUGAUUAUUUAAUGUAAAACCUAUGUGGACCGUUUAUUAUUUAAGCUAUAUUAAUAAAUAAUUUGAUUACCUACAAACUACUUUUUUGUUUUAUUUUUUUCUAAUUUGUUUCUUGAAACUAAACAGUUUUUUCACUCUCCUGUAAAAUUUGCUACAUUGCAGUUACGUGUUGUCAACCUUUGACCAUCG